AUGACAACUACAAGGACAUCAAUAACUAAAACAACGGCUGCAGAUAAAACAACAAGUGCACAAGCAAAAGCAACUAUUCUGACAACCACUAUAGUAACACCAUUACCACCACCAACAACAAGAACCACUACAUCAACAACCACCACUUUACUAACAACAGCCACUAAACCAACAAUAAAAAAUACCACAAUACCACCAACAAGAACAACUACACCAACACCAAUUACAACCACAACACCAAUUACAACCUCUACAACAAUAACAACCACAACACAAAUUACAACCUCUACUUCACCAAUAACAACAACCACUACACCACCAACAACAACCACCACAACACCAAUAACAACUACUACAACAACAACCACCACUACACCAACAACCACCACUACACCAAUAACAACAACCACUACACCAAUAACAACUACCACUACACCAAUAACAACUACCACUACACCAAUAACAACCACAACAACCACUACACCAACAACUACACUAACAACCCCAACUACACCAAUAACAAUAACAACAACCACCACACGAACAACUACCCCCACUAAAAAAAUAACAACAAUUAUUAAACUAAUAACAACAACCACAACCACUACACCAAAAACAACAACAACGACCUCUACACCAACAACUACACUAACAACCCCCACUACACCAAUAACAACAACAACGACCACAACUACCCCCACUAAAAAAAUAACAACAAUUAUUACACCAAUAACAACAACCACAACCACUACACCAACAACCACACCAACAACCCCCACUACACCAAUAACAACAACAACCACCACUACACCAAUAACAACAACAACAACCACCCCCACUACACCAAUAACAACAACUACACUAAAAACAACCACCACUACACCAAUAACAACAACAACCACAACUACACCAAUAACAACAACAACAACCACUACACCAACAACCACUAAACCAACAACAACAAUAUUUUCAACAACUUUAUCAAGAACCACCAUAUCAACUUCCACUAGGUUACUGAAAAAUACUACACCACCAACAACCAAUAAUCCAUUAAUACUUUCUUCACAACACAAAACACUUACAUCAAGUACACCCAGGACAUCAUCAAUUAGCACACAAGCGAAUAGACCUUGGAGUCAUGGCAAUAUUAAUAUAAUUAUGUUUUUCCUCUCUUUGAAUUAAAAUCUUGAUAAUAUUUGGCUGGAAUUGAAAAUAUGUGAAAAGAUAUAAAAGUACGCA